AUGCACUUCGCUUUACCCCUCGCCCUCGUCUCGCUCGUCGCGUCCGCCCUCCCGGCUUUCGCUCUUCCGGCAACCAGCCUCGAGAAGCGCGGCGGUGCCUGCAAGGGCAGCUACCAGUGCCGCUACGUCGCCCGGCCGCAGAACAGCGGGUACCUCUGCAAGGAGGGCCAGUGCACCUACCAGUGCUACCCCGGCUUCCAGGACCUCGGGAACCGCUGCGUCAAGCCUUCGCCGACGACGACGUACUACCAGGCUCCGGCAACGUCUACCACGAGUGAGACGGCCGUCUUCCCGAGCGCCACCUUCGUUCAGGAUGCUGUAAAGCAAGCUGGUGUGACGGGCUUUUCGGGGAACAACUCGAACGCCAUCCUCUCGUGGUUCCGGACCAACAACAGCGCCGAUUCUACCAACGGACACUCCUGGUGUGGCAGCGUGUAUCGCGACGACGUCCCUGGCUUCGCUCCUUCCCUCAAGACCAUGCUCGCCAACUUUAACGGCUCGUACGAGGCUGCCGCCACCGCCUACUGCGGUCUCGAAGCGGUCAUCACCACUCCCGCUGGCCGCAACGCAACGCUCUACAUCGUCGACGCCUUCGACGACACCUGGGUCCGGACGCCCUCGUCGCUCGACGUCGUCGUUGGCAGCUUCCCGCUCCUCUUUGGCUUCAACACAACCAACAAGCUCGACGUCGUUCAGGGCGCAGAGUGGUACUUGACUGGACGCCGCAAUGCGCGGUAUGCUUUCAAGGGCCCUGGCGCUGUCGGUCUCUAG